AUAGUAAGAAACUUUGAAGGGGAAUCUUCUAAUAUGGAGUUUGUUAGAAAUGAAGUAGAUGUAAUGUACCGUGAAAUGGCAGUUGAUGCAAUGGGUGCACAGUCUGAAGACAAUGAGGGGCUAAUGGCUGAGGAGCCCAAUAGUAGGGCAAGAGAAUUUUAUGAUCUCUUGCAUGUUGCAAAAGUUCAUAUAGGUGCCGGAGGACAAGAUGUUAUAAUACUUUCAUGGAUGGUAGAAAUGCUAAACAUGAAAACUCUUUAUAAUAUGAGUGCUGCUAAUUGGGAGAUGUCAUUGUCAUUGAGUCAAAAGUUGUUGAGUCCAAAGAACCAAGAAAAGAAAGAUGUUCCAAGGAAAUCUUUGUGGUACCUUCCAAUUACCCCAAGAUUGCAACGACUAUACAUGUCUAGGAAAAUGACAGAGUACAUGACAUGGCAUUUGAAAUGCCGUGAGAAUGCGGAUGAAGUUAUUCAUCCUGCGGUGGCUAAAGGAAUUGAUAUUCCCAGAUGGCGUCUCUUGCCAAUCGCUUUUCGUGAUUUCCUCAUAAAUGAAGUUUGGGGUCCCUUAACUGAGAUUAGUAACUUUUUUAGAGCUUUAACUGCUCUGAUUAUUCAAGUCAGUAACAUGGAAAUGUGGGAGGAAAAAAUUAUUGAGACCAUUUGCAAGCUAGAGAAAGUAUUCCCACCAGCAUUCUUUGACUUGAUGGAGCAUUUGGCAAUCCAUCUACCAUAUGAGGCAAAAGUUGGAGGACAUGUCCAAUUCCAUUGGAUGUAUCCUUUUGAAAGGGCAAGAGCAAUAAUUGACACUUCAUGGUUGAGUGAUGGUGGGAAUGAUUAUUAUCAAGAUGAUGAUCCCCCUCUACCACAAUUGGUGCAACCCUCGACUGUUUUAAAUGAUCAUGUUUCGCUAGCAUCUCAAGGAGGAGAACAAGUGGUGAUUAGUGAGCAGCUUUCUACCUUCACUCAGCUUCCCACACAUCAUCAGCAAGAGCAACCCACUGUUACCCAGCCAACAUUUGACAAUGACCAGUACCAUGGUGAUGAUGCAACAAUGGAGGAGGACACUAAAGAGCAUAAUUUGGAGGUUGAGUUGGAUGUUGAGUUUGCUGUGCUUGAUCCUGAGUUAGAUGCUCAGUUGGAGGAGAAGCUAUCACAUGCUAUCCCGAAGACAAGACGUGGCAUGGAUAAAGGAGAUGACACUCUAGCAGACCCAAGUCAAAGAAAGUUGCUUAGUUUAAAUCGUCGAGGCACAUUCAGCCAUUAGCGGUUUGUGAGGACUGCAACAGUAAUAUGGAAGUACUUAUAUGAUGAGCCAAUGCUUUUUUGGUCUAGUUGGCCUGCGGAAAAGAAGAGGGUUGCUUCGGAGAAUUUUCAAGUAUAAUUUUCCUUCAUCACAAAAGCACUUUGUGAUUUUUUAUUUUCCUUCUUGGAUCAGUGGUGGUGAAUAUGGAAUGGUCAUUUUUUUGGUUGUUGGAUUAUGUUCUGUUUCCAUAAUCAAAUUUCAUUUUGAGU